AUGCGUGGCUCUCGACUUCGGAAGCCAAAUACCCAGUCCUUUUUAAACCCAUCUUGGAUUCUUCCCUCGAACGACGGACAGGAGAACUUGGCCAUCCUCGAGUCCAGUGCUUCUGAGACAACUUCAGUCAAUCCGACCUCCAAUCAACCAGGCGAGCAUGUCUCGCCCCAAGACACUGCGCCCCCCGAUCAGCCCGCUGACAUGGCUGAGAAGCCAACCCCGGUCAACGGGAAAAGGAAAGCGCGCUACGCGAGACAGCACUCCUCCAAGUGGCUUGAGCAUGAUGCAGUUGCAGAGGUCACAACUUCGUUGGACAAGGCUGAGCAGCCACAGCCUCAACAAGCAGCCGCUGCGAGGAUCGCAUCCUCAACCAAAACACCACCGGCAUCAAUCUUCCGCCAGAUGAACUGGCCUCGUCGCAGUCCCGGAUAUGACGCUCCGGCAAUCUCACCCCCUGUUUCAUCAACGUAUAGUCCGAGCUACGGACAGUGA